GUGUUGAUGACGUCAGGACAACGUCUGUGUUUGUUAGCGCUAGUGUUAGCUGCUUGCCUUGAGACUAUACUGGAUGUUUAACACGAUAUAACAAUGAGCAAGAAAGGUAACGUCUCGUGGGUGAAACCGAGCGAGCCAGCAUUUCUGCGAAAAUUCAAGAAUGAUGUUGGUUACAAAGAAGGACCAACAGUGGAAACAAAGAGAGAGGAACUGCCGAGGUGUGAUGAGGACAGCGGCGACAGUGACCGAGAGGACGAAAUGCCGCAAGUGGUGGUGUUAAAGAAGGGGGACCUGACCGCAGAAGAGGCUCUGCAGCUCAAGAAAGACACGAAAGACUCUAACAAAGAUGAGCAGCCUCCUGCCGAUGGAAAAAUCCUAUUUAAGAAGCCAGCGAAACGUUCCUCAGAUAAAUUUGAAGGCAUAAAAGCUAGCUCCAACAGCAAGAAGAAGAAGAGCGAGAAGGAGGAGAAGAAGGAGUCUGGAGUGAAGGUGAAGAACAGCAGCCUCUUGUCUUUUGGUGAUGAUGAGGAGGAAGACUGAGACAUACCUUUAUCAAUCAGCUGAACUGGAUUCUCCAGAGUAUAUGAUGUUAGAACCCACACCCACCGAACUUUUAAUGAAAUUGCUUUGUAAUUUGAAAUACUUUUCUUUGAGACAGAUGAAAGACAUCUUUACUGCCUUUUGUUCAGUAUUUAAAUGAUUAAAUUCUUAUCUUGG